GAUGCUGCACUCUCCCGUUAAACUUUAAUUGUUAGUGCCAAGAGCAAAUCAUUCCCCAACACUUACAACAAUCUCUCACUGCUCACUUAUACGACCGACUAGAAUCUAUUCACUUCAACUUACACCCUCAUUUAUUCAUUCGCAUCAUAUUCUGGCCAUCUUGAAACAAAAAAAUGGCGUGCAUCAUCGACAAGUUCUCUGAUGAUGAGAGCGAUCUCGAACUGUCUUCCUCAACCCUCGAUGCCCUCAAGUCCUUUUACGCCGAUCGCGAUGCCCGUGCCGAGCAGUUUGCUAAGCUCCAGGCCGAGGCUGAGGAGAGGCACGCUUUGAACGUCAAGCUGUCCAUGGACGCUUUCACUGAGGAUUGGAAUGAGAGUCAGUUCUGGUACUCCGACGAAACAGCCACCUUCCUCGCCAAACAACUCCUCUCGGGCGCCACUCCAACCACCUCCAUCGCCGUCGUCUCCGCCCCCUCCGUCUUCGUCCAGCUCAAGAACCUCCUGAACAGUGACGCCUACGCCGACAAGCCCAAGCCCAAGCUGACCUUGCUCGAGCACGACAACCGCUUCGCCGUCUUCGCCGACGAAUUCGUCUUUUACGAUUUCGCCCAGCCGCUCAAGCUUCCCGCAACCCUCAAGGGCGCCUUUGACCGCGUCAUUGUCGACCCGCCCUUUUUGAGCGAGGAUUGCCAGACUAAGGCGGCAUUGACGGUUAGGUGGAUGUUUAAGCCUUCUUCUGGUCCAGAGAAGAUCAUUGCUUGCACGGGCGAGCGAAUGGAGAAGCUGGUUACGGAGAAGCUGUAUAAGAGCUACGGCGUGAGGACUACUACGUUUGAGCCUAAGCAUGCGAGGGGGUUGAGCAAUGAGUUUUAUUGCUAUGCUAAUUUUGAGGUGAAGCCGGAGGAGGGGGCGGGGGCGGAGACGCCGGAGGGGAAGGGGUGGACUUUGAGGGAGUUGGGGUGGAAGGAGAAGGAGGGUGCUGCUACUGCUGCUUGAGGGUAUGGAAUGGGUAUGGCACAGCGAAGCUGAUGAUAGGAAUAAGAAGGAAGUUUUCGGUCCAUCAUUUGGGACUAUACAUGGCAAAAAUAAUACUUGGGAAUAGAACGGUUUUGUUGAAGGCGUCAAGAAGGUGGGAGGGCAAAACGGAAACACUCGUUAUACCUGGGUUUUGAGCGAGCCUUGCCGAAGAUCUGAUCGAAAGACCAAAGCUAACAGAAAAUCAGAGUUGGACUCUGUAAACCCAUAGGCCCUUGAUGACCAUGAAACCCAACUCAUCAUUCAUGG